UUUAAUCUCUUUUAUAUGGAUACCUCUCUAGUGUGCCAUUAUUUGAGGUUAUGUAGUUUUUAUACAAAUGCGAUUCUCGUGUUGUUUAUUGUGUAAACAAAAUGUACAGAUUUUUCAAAUAUUAUUUCUCCUGUCCGAUGUAAAGUUAACCGAAGAUUAACUGUCAAAAAUGGGUUCUUUCGACGUUCACAAAGUUAAUUUCUACUCUCCUGAAGUUUUCUCGGUGCAGUGUAUGUCUGUUGAAAGUGAUAAGAAAAAAUUAGCCAUUGGGAGGUCAAACGCGUCAAUUGAAAUAUGGGACAUAUCUCACAAACCACACGUCGACCGAACAUUAAUGUGCGACAGUAGUAUCGAUGGACUUGCAUGGCACAAAGGAAGAUUGUUCAGCUGUAGUGCUAAUGGCACAGUUACCGAAUAUGAUUUGCAAAGCCUUUCACCUAUGUAUAACAAAACUGUGACUUCUGGAUCGUGUUGGUGUAUAGCAGUACACAAUAACAGUGAACGGCUCGCUGCUGGAACACAAGACGGUUAUAUAAAUAUAUUUGAGAUAACAGAUGAUGGAUUGACUUACGAUAGAUUAAUGGACAAACAAGAAGGACGCAUAAGCUGUAUUGCUUGGGAUAUAACUGGUGAAUGGCUAGUUACUGGAUCUGUAAACGCCAUUCGUGUUUACAGCCGACGCAGUGGUCAUGCUAUACACAAAUUGCCAACUGGUCAAACUGAGACUGUCGUUUCAUCAUUGGCUGUCACUAAUGAUUUCACAAUAAUCAGUGCUGACUCUCGGGGAAAGUUAUGUUUUUGGGAUGGAAAUAAAGGAACAAAUAUCGCUAAUUACCAGGCCAUCAAAACUAAUGCUUUAACUGUAUGUCUAGAUGAAACGCAAACAAAAGUGUAUUGCAGCGGUGUUGACCCAGUCAUUGUAUGCUAUGAGCUAGUUUCAAUGAAAUCAGACAUUAGUGUAGAAUGUAACAAAUGGAUUAGAAGUGUUCAACUAGUUGCUCAUAGAGUUGAAGUGAAGUCUUUAAUUCAUUUUAAAGGCAAUUUAUACUCCGGAGGUAUUGACGGAUAUUUAUGUGUUAGUAGUUAUCCGCCAAAAUUGUUAGUGAAAUACCCUCCAUUAAUAAGUUCUUCUAUUGCUUUGGCAACCGAUUCCAGGUACGUACUAUUAAAAUAUCCAAGUCGUUUAGAUAUUUGGUACCUGGCAGACAAGCAUAGGUAUGAAAAUAAAUUGGCUAAAUUGGCGACUAUUCAAUAUUCUAAAAACGACUUUGUGAGGUGUUCAGCAAUUUCGCCAGACGGCACGUGGAUUGUUUAUUCUACUGAAGAAAAACUAAAAAUAUUUAGUUUAAUUAUGGAUACUAUCACAGGUGAACCAAUGAUUAAAAAAACGAGCAUACAACCAGUCGAAUGUGAUGUUUCCACUCAAUUAGCAUUUUCAGCAGAUAGCAAGUACAUGUGGUUUGCUACUAAAAACGAAAACACGCUAGUGUGUUUAGAAAUGUCUCAUAAAUUUGAUUUGCUAACGAAACACUGCAUUGAAACUAGUUCACAUAUUAAAGAUUUAGUACAUUUAUUAGAAGUUUCCAAAUCAAAUGAAUAUGUUGUAGCUGCUGAUAGACAAAGCAAUAUUAUAGUCUAUAGUGAAGGAAAAUAUUACUGUACGCUUCCAAAAUAUCAUUGUGCUCCGACUUGUAUGAAAAUUCAUCCUAUCACUAAAAAUCUUGUAAUAGCAUAUGCAGAUCGAAAAGUUGUCGAAUACAAUAUUGAUAAUAAAAAGUAUACCAGCUAUUCAGAGCAGUUGCUGUUGAACCCCCCAAAAGACUUAUCUCAUAGAUCAUUUCCUAUCACCUCUAUAGCAUUUGAUCCUUCAAAAAAAGAUUCUAUCAUUCUAUCCGAUGACAAUACUAUUUGUGUUUUGACACACGAAGAAGAAACAUCCGAUAAACCAGAAAAAAAAAUUAAAAAAGUCGAAUCAAAAAAUAAAAAAUAUUUUGUUAAAACUAUACAAAAUUAUGAGCAUUUGGUGUUCUUUGAUUUUUUAAAUAAUGAAGAACUUGUAGCCGUAGAAGUAAGUCCCUGCUCGUUUGUCGAAAAGUUACCAAGCGUCUAUAAGAAAAAAAUUUUCGGUAUGACGUAAGCAAAAAAUAUAACAUUUAUAGUUGAAAUGUUUUUUUUAUUAAAUAAAUUGUUUCUAU